AUGGCCAGCAAGACAGCGGCUCCGGCCAACGAGUACUCGGCCGCGGCGGCCGCGCGGAAGGAAGGCGUGACGGUGACCGACGUCGACGCCACGAACAUGGACCAUACCGGCUCGGCCGACGACAGCGACGACGCCCUCGACGCCCAGGCCGGCGUGCAGGGCAUCGAGGCCACGACGUCGGUGUGGACAAAGGCCGCCCUCAUCUUCGCCUACGUGUGGAUCUGGAUCGUCUACUUCGUCGACACGACCCAGCAGGGCGCCACGUCGUCCCUGACCCCCUACGUCACCUCGGCCUUCCAGCAGCACUCGCUCACACCGACCGUCUCGAUCCUCAGCAGCAUCAUCGGCGGCGUCUCCAAGCUCACCAUCGCCAAGAUGCUCGACGUCAUCGGCCGUCCUGCCGGCUACAUGCUCUGCAUCAUCCUCACCACCCUCGGCCUCGUCCUCAUGGCCGCCUGCGACUCGGUCGAGAUGUACGCCGCCGCCCAGGUCUUCUACUGGGUCGGCUACAACGGCCUCACCUUCUGCCUCAGCAUCUUCAUCGCAGACACGUCGUCCCUCAGGAACAGAGGUCUCAUGUUUGCCUAUGCCAACUCUCCCUACAUCAUCACCACCUGGCUCUCCGGUCCCAUCAGCGAGGCCAUCCUCGACGGUCCCGGAUGGCGCUGGGGCUUCGGCAUCUUCACCAUCGUCACGCCCGUCGCCACGCUUCCCCUGUGGGUCCUCUUCGUCCACUACGCGCGCGUGGCCCGCGCGCAGGGCCUCCUCGCCAACACGCCGAGCGGCCGCAACGCCUGGCAGUCCUUCGUCCACUACGCGCGCGAGUUCGACGCCGUCGGCCUGCUCCUCAUCUCGGCCGGACUCUCCCUCUUCCUCCUGGCCUUCAACCUCGAGCCCAGGCAGUCCGAGGGUUGGAGCUCGGCCCUGGUGCUGUGCUUCAUCAUCAUCGGCAUCGCCCUCAUCGUCGUCUUCGCCGUCUGGGAGAAGUGGUUCGCCCCCGUCACCUUCAUCCCCUACGGGCUGCUCGUCGACCGUACCGUCCUGGGCUCCUGCGUCCUCGCCGGCUCCCUCUUCGUCAGCUUCUACAUGUGGAACUCGUACUUCUUCUCCUUCCUGCAGGUCGUCAACGGGCUCAGCGUCACGAAGGCCUCGUACGUCACCCAGAUCUACAACGUCGGCUCCUGCCUCUUCUCCAUCCCCACCGGCCUCGUCAUCCGCUACACAAACCGCUUCAAGGGCGUCGCUCUCUACUUUGGUCUGCCCAUCAGCAUCCUGGGCGGUGCCCUCCUGAUCCACUUCCGCCAGCCUAGCGUCGACAUCGGAUACAUUGUCAUGUGCCAGAUCUUCAUCGCCUUUGGAGGUGGUGCUCUGGUCAUUGCUCAGCAAGUCUCCAUCAUGGCCGCCACAGGCCACCAGUACAUUGCCGUCGUCCUCGCCAUCGAGAACAUGUGCUCCAGUAUCGGAGGCGCCAUCGGCUCCACCGUCUCCUCGGCCAUCUGGCAGGCCAAGUUCCCGGCCGCCCUGGCCAAGAACCUCCCGGAAUCGGCCCAGGCCAACCUGGCGAUCAUCUACGGCGACCUGACGACUCAGCUCUCGUACCCCGCCGGCAGCGAGACGCGCAUCGCCAUCCAGGACUCGUACGGCGAGGCGGUGCGCUACAUGUACAUCUCCGCCACGUGCAUAAAGGUCAUCUCCGUCGUCGCCGUCCUCUUCUGGCGCAACAUCUCACUCAAGGACAAGAAGCAGGUCAAGGGUAUCGUAUUCUAG